AUGGAGGCUAUGGAUGGGUUUGCGCCUUUGCCGUUUUCCUCAUCAAUUCCCAUACCUGGGGUAUCAAUGCUGCAAUCUUGGGCCGUGAUAAUGGCUUAUUACGCAACGCACCCAAAGGAGAUGCCAGCCUCGUUCUUCGAAUACUCCCUCGUUGGUGGGCUUUCCAUUUCGGCGGCCCUGAUCACCUCCCCCCUCGUGACCGUCGUCCGCAAGCGCAUUGGCCUGCGGUUGACUCUCAUCCUUGGCUCAGUUCUUCUCUUCAUCUCACUCAUCACUUCCUCCUUUGCAACCAAGAUCUGGCAGUUGUUCCUCAGCCAAGGCGUCUGCUUUGGACUUGGUAUGGGCUUAUCGUACAUCUCUGGCGCUGCUGUGCUUCCUCCAUGGUUCACUUCUCGGCGAAGCCUGGCUGUCGGGUGCGCAACCGCGGGUGUCGGUCUUGGAGGACUGGUAUACAGCAUCGCCGCGAAUCAGCUCAUCGAAGACGUCGGGAUCCGCUGGACUUAUCGCGUUCUCGCUUUCUGCGGCCUCGGCGCUAAUCUUCUUGCUGCCUUUUUGCUCAAGGAAUGGGGCGGCAGGGCACAGCCUGACAUGAGAUUGGACGAAGAACGUUUCAACCCUCGCGACUUUGGACGGAUCGAGAUUCUUCUCCUUAUCGCCUGGGGGUUCGCUACAGAUUUGGGUUAUGUCAUUCUGCUGUACUCGCUUCCCACAUACGCUUCCUCCAUUGGCCUUACACCAGCACAAGGCGCCAUAUCUAGCGCGUUGCUGAACCUCGGCAUGGCCUUGUCACGGCCACUGAUCGGCUAUCUCAGUGACUCGUUUGGUCGCAUCAACAUGGCCGGCAUUCUCACGUUCCUCUGCACCAUCUCUUGCUUUGCAAUCUGGCUUCCAGCAACGACCUACGCACUGUUACUUGUAUUUUCACUCAUAGGCGGCGCAUUGUGCGGUGUAUUCUGGUGCACCAUUACUCCAGUCAUGGUUGAAGUGGUGGGCAUUCAAAAGCUCGCAAGCACCUUUGGAUCACUCUGCAUCGCCAUGGCAAUACCGACUACCUUUGGCGGGCCUUUGGCCAUGCAAAUAGCAGGCAGUGGAGAGAAUCUAAAGUUCACAGAGGCACAGUUGUUUGUGGGCUUCAUGUUUCUCACGGGGACAUUGUCUCUAGGAAAUCCCACAAAAAGAUACCAAAAAGUGUUCAAGGCCCCGCCCAACGUGUGA